UAUGCAUCACAGGAGACAUGGCCGCUCCCAGCAGCCGAUCAUGCCUCCAGUUUUUACUGCAUCUUGCUCAAGAUAAUCUGGAUUUCAGGUUACCGGAAAUCAAAGCUCUGCUGGCUCUCAGACGGAAACCAUUCCUUCCCUGUGAAAACUUCAAAGAGCAGUCUCCUUUCUGGUGUCUGAACGGUUUAUCUGAGGAAGAUGUCCGUGGUGUUAUGGCCAGAUCUGUUUGUGCAAAGUCCGUUUUUGAACUGUGGGGUCAUGGACGGACACACAGUGACCUCCGAUCCUCCCUCAUGAACUACCCACGAGAGGAAAUGAGUCUGUUCAUGAGCAGAGACUCUACUUACAAAAUCGAUGUCUACACUUUCAACAAGACUUUGCUUUUUUCUGACAGAAUCAAAAGGAUUGAUGCUAUGGAUUAUCUUCCUUUUGAGGGAGCAGUGAGCUUGAAGAAUCCUCAACACAUUUUCACUCUGAUUGAGGACUACGGCACCGACCCCAACAACAUUCCAGAGGAUCCCAACUACAUCUACUUUGGCAGAUGGAUAGCAGAUGGCCAGCGGGAACUGAUUCGCUCCCACAGUGUGAAGAACAGACACUUCAUAGGAAACACCAGCAUGGAUGCUGGGCUGUCAUUCAUCAUGGCUAACCAUGCGAAGGUCCAAGAGAACGACCUGGUUUUUGACCCGUUUGUCGGCACCGGAAGCCUGUUGGUAGCAUGUUCUCACUUUGGAGCGUACGUAUGUGGAACGGAUAUCGAGUACAACACCAUUCACGGCAAAGGUCGAUCCAGCCGUAAAAACCAGAAGUGGCGAGGACCUGAUGAGAACAUCAGAGCAAACCUGCGGCAGUAUGGAACAGAGAAGACGUACGUGGACGUGAUGGUGUCUGACGCAUCCAAGCCUGUGUGGAGGACCGGUGCUCUGUUUGACGCCAUCGUCACCGACCCUCCUUAUGGUAUCCGGGAGUCCACGAGGAGAACCGGCUCCCACAAGGACAUCACGAAACCUCCUGAUGCCGUCUAUACAGAUUCUCACGUCCCCGUCUCCCAGGCGUACCACCUGAGUGACAUCUUCACAGAUCUGUUAAACUUCUCUGCCCACCGCCUGGUCACGGGGGGGAGGCUCGUCUACUGGCUGCCCGUCUACAGGCCUGAGUACUGUGAGGAGAUGGUUCCUUCUCAUCCGUGUCUCCGACUCCUCAGCAACUGUGAACAGAUGCUCUCCAGCCACACGGCACGCCGCCUGAUCACGAUGGAGAAGAUCAAAGAUCCAGAGGAAUUGGACAGCUUGUCUCACCUUGCGGACCCCCGUUUCAGCCCCUACCAGGGACACAAUGCCUUCAGAGAGAAGUAUUUCAGCGGACUUAACAAAAGGAGUUGCAAGGAGGAUGCAAAAUCUGAUGUCGGUGGAAAGUGAACAAAGUGGAGCGCCAGCAGCACAUUUAAGAUCUUACAUCAUUAGUGUGCUCAAAAAAAGGAAGCAUUUUUUUUAAACAUUUCUAUUUCGUUUGUAUUUUCCUGCAAAUAAAUGAAUAAAAACCAGGUGUCCAAGAA